ACUGCCGACUACGGUCACUGGUAACAGUGGUUAACAGAUUUUUCACGCGCGGCUUUCUUUAAAUUGGAAAAUGAAAUCCAAGACGGAUUUGUUGACUGACCCUGCAUGGAAACAGCUGCAACAAUACUUUGACAGCAAUGGCUCGAAGAUCAACAUAUAUAAUAUGUUUCAGGAGGAUUCUAAACGUUUCGAAAAAUUUAGCUUGGAGCUCUCUACCCCACAGGAUGGACCGAUUUUAUUGGAUUAUUCCAAGAAUAAGAUUAAUGAACAAGUACUUGGAUUAUUAUUUAACCUGGCUCGUGCACGGGAAAUCGAAGCUGCGAGAAAUGCCAUGUUUAGUGGCGAAAAGAUCAAUUUCACUGAGAAUAGAGCAGUUUUGCAUAUUGCCUUGCGUAAUAGAAGCACGACACCAAUAUUAGUGGAUGGAAAGGACGUGAUGCCUGAUGUUAAUGCAGUGUUGGAACAUAUGAAAAGUUUUACAAAUGAGAUAUUGACAAAACAAUGGAAAGGAUUCACUGGUAAACCUAUUGAAGAUGUUGUUAAUAUUGGAAUUGGUGGCUCUGAUCUUGGUCCACUUAUGGUAACCGAAGCUUUAAAAGCAUACAGCAUUGGACCUAGAGUUCACUUUGUUAGUAAUAUAGACGGCACUCAUAUAGCUGAAACUCUUAAGAAGUUAAAUCCCGAAACAACUUUGUUCAUAAUAGCUUCCAAGACAUUUACAACACAGGAAACUAUAACGAAUGCAACUACCGCCAAGCUGUGGCUUUUGAAAACGUUAAAAGAUGAAGCUGCAGUAGCCCGCCAUUUUGUAGCAUUAUCUACUAAUGAGCAAAAGGUUAAAGAAUUUGGCAUUGACGUUAAAAACAUGUUUGGUUUCUGGGAUUGGGUUGGUGGGCGUUACUCAUUGUGGUCAGCUAUUGGCUUAUCAAUUUGCUUGUCAAUUGGUUUUGAUAAUUUUGAAAAGCUUUUAAGUGGAGCUCACUUUAUGGAUCAACACUUUUCCACAGCACCUUUAGAGCAAAAUGCUCCUGUCAUAUUGGCUUUACUUGGUAUAUGGUAUCAUAACUUUUAUAAGGCUGAAACACAUGCAUUAUUACCAUAUGAUCAAUAUCUACACAGAUUUGCAGCUUACUUUCAGCAAGGCGAUAUGGAAAGUAAUGGAAAAUACAUUACUCGUUCUGGGAAAAGCGUAACGUAUUCCACUGGGCCGAUUGUGUGGGGAGAACCAGGCACUAACGGACAACAUGCAUUCUACCAGUUGUUGCACCAAGGUACAAGACUUGUACCAGCAGAUUUUAUAAUUCCUGUUCAAUCUCAAAAUCAGAUUGUUCCACAUCACACGAUUUUACUUGCUAACUUCUUUGCGCAAACUGAAGCUUUAAUGAAAGGCAAGAAUGAAAAAGAGGCUCGAGCAGAGUUGCAAAAAUCAGGGUUGAGCGCUGAACAAGUGGACUUAUUACUACCACAUAAGUUGUUUGAAGGAAACAGACCUACAAACAGCAUUGUAGUAAAGAAAUUAACACCUUUUAUUCUUGGUGCUUUGAUUGCCAUGUAUGAACAUAAAAUCUUUGUACAAGGCAUUAUUUGGGAUAUCAAUUCAUAUGAUCAAUGGGGCGUGGAGUUGGGAAAACAGCUAGCUAAAGCCAUUGAACCAGAACUGGCUAGCGCAGAAAAUGUUACAACGCAUGAUUCAUCAACUAAUGGCUUGAUAGCGUUUGCUAAACGUCACAGAGCCUAAAUAUACUUAUUUAGCUAUAUUCUUUGUUACAAGAUAUUUAAAAUAGGUACAACGUAAAUAGCUCUAUAUUUAAAGUUACAUUAUUAUAUCAGAGUAUAUACGUGAAUUAUAUAAACUUGUGUACUUGUCGUAGUUGAUGAAAAAAGAUUGCAAGAGCCACAAACAUAUAACUUUUAAAAUAUCUUUAAGACUUUUAAUUCUUUACAUUAUGAUCGUAUUGGGUUACGAUGAUGUCCAUGUGAUAAAGCAUAUAUAAAAAAAUGUAUUUAAAAUUUAUAGUUUAUUCUACAUAUGUUGUAGAUUUUUAAUACUGUCAAUACAUUACAGAACACACUUAAGUUGUGGCAUACAGAAUUUUAUUCGUUUUAAUGUACAAAAAGAAAAAGACAAUGUAAUUCAAUGUUACAAUAUUACUGCAAUCAGAAAAUCAGAAAAGUUAUAAUUAUAAAAAUAAUGUCUUUUAAUUUAUUUGAAUGUAAUCUGGGAUAUUUUAUAUAUAAAUAUAUCGA